AUGGGGGAGACAGGAUUGGAGGGUGUGGUGGAAGGAAUGGUGGAGAAGGGAGGGAUUGGUAGUGAGGAGGGAAACAAGGUGGUUUUGGGGGAUGUAGAUAGAAAAAAGGGUGGUGAGGGAAUGAUGAAGUUAAGGGAGAGGGGAGUGGAGAAGGGAAGGGUUGUAGGAGAGGAAGGAGGGGAUAAGGGAAGAGGGGAAAUCAGAUCAGUACGCUUCAAUAAGGUGUGUCUGACGUGUGUUUCGUCACGAUUUAAGAAGAAACUUGACAAAAAUAACAAUGAAGACAAUGAUGGUCAACCGGUUAAGGUCAUGUGUAUUGUGAAAUCUUCUCCCUCCCAAAACCUCUCGACCCUAAUCUCAACGGUGGCCAUCGACACCUCCGACAACGUCAACCCAUUGGAAGACAUUGACUUCAACCCCCUGGAGCCUGCGGAGGGAUUUGUCGCCCCUCCCUCCUUCGACGAUGGCCCCCUCAAGACGGAGGACGAGAUCGCCGCAACCUACGAGGAGCUCUACGGCCCCACCUUCAACGGCGUUUCCGUGCUCGGGAAUGACGUCUUCGAAAUGGACGCCCUGGUGAAGCGGGACACGGGGUUCGGGUCCAACUCGAAGAAGGAGAAGGUCCGCGACGGGUUCGAAGAUAGGGUGGUCCAGGUGAGAAGGGUGACGAAAGUUGUUAAGGGAGGGAAGCAGUUGCGCUUCAGAGUUGUCUUCAUUGUCGGCAACAAAAAUGGCCAAGAUUGCAUCGGAGUUGGCAAGACCAAGGAAGUCGUCGCCGCCAUUCAAAAGUCUGCAUCCAAUGCCAGGAGGAACAUCGUGAAGGUGCCAAUGACUAAGUACUCCACUUUUCCCCACAGUUGUAGUGGUUUUUGGAGGUUUAUGUUUCCAAAUGCAAAGUCUAGUGCUGCAUUACAGGACGAGGUUGAGAACGCCCUUCGGUAA